CAGAGCGCAUUAAGAAAAAUGAGCUGGCAAGAGUGCAUAUGGACAACUCUGUGAAGUUAGCCAUGCUAGGCCGAAUUAGCAUAGCCACACAGUUAAAUGAGGGACACCGUAUUAGCAUAAGAAAACACAACGAGGAGGUGGACAGGAAUCGGCAUAUUUUGUCAAAGAUCGUUGAUGCCGUGAAAUUUUGUGGGGCCUUUGAACUUGCUUUGCGUGGUCAUGAUGAGAGUGACACAUCAGAAAACCCUGGCAUUUUCCUGGGUCUCAUUGACCUAAUGGCGUCAAUCGACCGUGAUUUGGAGGAGCACCUGGAGAACGCCACUGUUUUUAAAGGCACUUCGAAGACCGUGCAAAAUGAACUGUUAGACUGCAUGUUGUCAGUUCUCAGAGACCACAAUCUGGAAGAGGUAAAACAGUCGGACUAUAUUGCCAUUCAGGCAGAUGAGACAACCGACAUCUGCACUCAUUGUCAGCUCGUGCUUGUGCUACGGUACAUAGAUGGCCACAACAACAUUCAAGAACACUUUUUUGAGUUUAUCGCGCUUCCAAAUGCGACCGCUGCUACGAUUGCCACUGAAUUAUUGGAAAGGCUGAGGACCAUUCUUCCUGCGGGACAAGAGCGAAAAUUAAUUGCCCAGGCCUAUGAUGGUGCCGCAGUGAUGAGGGGUGCUACAGGUGGAGUGCAGCGUAAAGUUCAAGAUGUCUACGGGAGUGCCUACUACGUUCACUGUUAUGCGCAUCAAUUGAACCUCAUCAUGCAGCAGGCAACAUCCCACAUCCCGAAGAUCGGCCAGUUUUUUUCAGACAUUGGGGGUUUUUCUACAUUUUUUUCUAAGUCUUUCAAACGAACGGCAGUGCUAGAUGAGGUGGUGGCACACCGACUUCCAGGUGCUUCAACAACGCGAUGGAACUUCCACAGUCGUGCUGUUAACACAGUUUACGAGCACAAAGAUGAACUGGUCAAGUGUUUCCAAACCAUCCGAGACAGAGGAGACUUUGAUGCUAUAUCGAAGAGAGAGGCCGGGGGUUGUAUGAGAAUGUUGGAAGAUGAGGUUUUCUGUUUCUUCCUGGCGUUAUUUCAUAAAAUCAUGCCACAUGUAGACAUGCUGUUUAACCAGCUGCAGAAGAGAAACAUAGACUCUGUCUUCAUCGCAGGCAUCACCCAGCGGUUCACUCACAGCAUACAGGCUAUCAGGGACUCUGUUGAUUCUCUAGUUGAAGAUGAGGACUAUAGGGGACCUGUACAGGAACCACCCCCGAAGAAACGGAUGGCAAUGGGAGAAGAAACGCAACGACAUCUGGCAAUAGAGGUAUGUGAUACCAUUAUGAGCCAUGCCAAGGAGAGGUUUUCUUUCACCAAGCAUCUCAUCAGUGCCACUCUCUUGCAAGGAGACUUGUUCUCACAACACAGCAGAAAGUUCCCAGACUCAGCACUACAAACCACGGUGGAUGCCUAUCCCAUGUUGGACAAAGCGAGACUUAAAACAGAACUGUCCCUGAUCUACGAAAAUGAGGACUUCAAGGGUUGCAGUGGUGCACUGGCUCUCUUUCAGGUUCUAAUGGAAAAUAAUCUUCAAGACACAUUCACCGAAACUGUAAGUCUUCUCAAGAUCCUCAUCACCACACCAAUGACAACAGCAGAAUCAGAGAGGUGCUUCUCUACUUUAAAGAGGAUAAAAACUUUCCUUAGGAACACUAUGGCACAAGAUCGCCUCAACGCUCUGGCUAUGCUCUCUAUAGAGAAAAAACUCACAAGGGACAUUCCAGAUUUCAACACCAGGGUUAUUGAGAGAUUUGCCACUCAGAAAGAUAGACGAGCAAAGUUCCUGUACAAAUAAGAGUUCUCCAUCCACUUCACUCACUCACCCCCCGCAUUCACUCACAUAUUCACUCCAUCUACCUUUCUCAUACACACAAAUCUAACUCAGACACCAUAUCUUAGUCUCUCUUUACUCUUUACUCUCUCUAACUCACACUAGCUGUCAUUCUCUUACUCAGUCUCUCACUCUCUUUCUCUCUCUCUCUCUCUGUCUCUCACACACUCGCACUAUAUGUCAUUCUCUUACUCUCUCACACACACACACACACAAACACAGACUAGCUGUCAUUCUCUAACUCAGUCAGUCUCUCACUCUCU